CCUGGCAAAAUUUUUUCCCUUGUGACAAGACUCAACUCCUCCGCUCCAACAACCAAGAAGACGGGGUUGAACAGUCCAAUAAAUAUCCAAUAUACCCACAAGAUUGGUGUGGUUCUUUUAACACCACUUACUCCCCCACACACGCGCAAUCCUGAAGGCUGCAAUCCUCUUGUGAUCGCAUAAUAGCCACUAAUGUAUAGUAUUCCGACUGCUGUAACCGAAUAAUAUUUCCUCCUUUCCUCCGAAGGUUGCGUCUUCGCCGUUUUCCACUACCAGAUAGACCCGGGGUAGGAACCCGACCUCACUCGAUCAACAAUCCUCCCCCUUGCUAGUAACCUUUGUUUUGUCAUUGCGUUCGGUGAACAGACGACAGACCGACUCCGUCGUUUGUUUUCGUCUCGCCUAGGCCGUUGGUUGUUCUUGCUCUAGACAUCUAGAUAUGAAAGUCUUCGCGUCAACGUGCACGUUCGAUUACUCAUGGGAGGAGGUCUCUACCGCCAACUGGCGGAAAUACUGUCCUUGGAACGACAAGUCGACCCAUGUUGUGGCCGUUGAUAUUCUCUCCCGGACACUGCACCCUGAUACCGGCAUUCUACGAACGGAACGCCUGAUCACCUGCAAUCAAUCCGCUCCCCAAUGGCUCCUCACGCUUUUCGGGGGUAGCGCCACCUCUCAUGUCUACGAAGUGUCAUAUGUCGAUCCCGUUUCUAAGAAAGUGACCAUGUGCUCAACAAACCUAACAUGGUCGAAUGUUUUGAAAGUCCGAGAAACCGUUACCUACCAGCCUUCGCGAGAUGCUCCAAGCACCAAGACAGAUUUCAAGCAAGACGCACAAAUAACCGCCGUGUGCAGCGGCUGGCAGAAAGUAAAGAACAAAGUUGAAGAGGCCAGCAUUGAACGAUUUAGCCAGAAUGCUAAGAAAGGUCGCGAGGGCUUCGAGGCAGUGCUGGAAAUGAGUCGGAGGGUGUUUGGGGAACAACGGGAAUUGGAGGCAAGGCAGCAGGCUCAAUGA